GUCAUUUUCCUCCCGGCCCCAUGGAGGAUGUGGGAAAGUUGGCGCGGCCCCGCUGGCCGCUGAAGACCCGGUGGCGGCGUGACAGCAGCGGGACGCGGCGAGGAUGAGCUCCUUCCUCGAGUACCCCGUCCUCGGCGGCGAGGCGGGGGCCUGCGCCGCCCGCGCCUACCACCCCGAGCACGGGAUUACAACUUUCCAGCCCUGCGCCGUCAGCGCCGGCAGCUGCAGCGGGGAGGACCGCUUCCUCGUGGGCCGCGGCGUGCCCAUCAGCCCCCACCGCCACCACCACCCCCCGGGCCAGCCCGCCGCCUACCAGCACCACGGCGGCCUGGGGGUGUCCUACGCGCACCCCGGCUGCGCCCCGACGUACGGCUCGCAGGGCUUCGGCGCCGCCUACGGCCCCUACCCGCUGGGGCAGGACGCGGAGCUGGCCGCCGGCUUCCCCCCCUGCGCCCCCGCCGUGUACUCGGGCAGCCUCUCGUCCUCCGCCGCCGCGCAGCACCCGCAUCAGGGCUACGCGGGGGCGCCCGCCCAGUUCGUGCCCCCCGCCUACGGGCAGGAGCAGCAGAGCCUGCCCCUGGGCACCUAUAACCAUGCCCUGUCCCCCCUCCACGCCGGCCACCAGCAGGAAAACUCCCGCUCCCCCUCCGCCGAGACCUCGCCACCGGCGCAGACCUUCGACUGGAUGAAAGUUAAAAGAAACCCACCCAAAACAGGCAAGGCUGGUGAGUACGGCUUCGUGGGGCAGCCCAACACCGUCCGGACCAACUUCACCACCAAGCAGCUCACCGAGCUGGAGAAGGAGUUUCAUUUCAACAAGUACCUGACCAGGGCCAGGAGGGUGGAAAUCGCCGCCUCCCUACAGCUCAACGAGACGCAGGUGAAGAUCUGGUUCCAGAACCGGAGGAUGAAGCAGAAGAAGAGGGAGAAAGAGGGGCUGUUGCCCAUCUCCCCCGCCACCCCCACGGGCUGCGAGGAGAAGGCGGAGGAGUCCUCGGAUAAGUCCUGCUCGUCGCCCUGCAGCGCCUCGCCAGCCUCAUCCUCCUCGGACACGCUGCCUGCCUCCAACUGACACCGCCGUGCCCCCGACGGGGCGGCUCGCCCCAAUCUCCCACGGGCUCCCCCAUCUCCCACGGGCUCCCCCAUCUCCCACGGGUGCCCCCAUCUCCCACGGGUGCCCGCGGCUCCCACGGGUGCCCCCCCCCGCCGGGCCCCGGGGUGCCGGCUCGCACCUCUCCUCCCAGAAGUUCUUUUUCGGUCUCCCCCCCCGUCCCUUUUCGCUGGAGGAGCCCCUUACACGCUCAAGGACGGGUCUCUGACCUUCCCCGAGCGACAGGCAGGUUACAUAGGGUACACGACCUCACGAAGAGCUGCACUAUUGCGAGUGUUUACACGACUUACAGGACUUUCAUCCCUUAAUUUAAUGUAUUCUUUGUUCGUGUCUAUGAGUUGGUUGCUUGUAAAUACUUUGUCCGAGAGAUUUAUCUUUUUACAGAUUUUUCUAGAAAUGACGUUUAGAUGAUCAGGUUGAGCAGGGUGAGUGCAUUAGCAGAACCGGAUCCACUUUUAUAUCGGCCAAAAGCCGAUGACUGCAUCAAGCAAACGCGUGAAGCUCGAGCAGAUACCUCAAAGAGUAGCGCUGUUCCUCUCCGUGUGACAAGCAAGGCUUCAAUUGCACUAGGUUUUGUAACCCUUACCCGGUGUGCUUGCCCCCCCGCCCUAAAGCUGUGCCGGGUUAAACCCGCCCGAAGGGUACACCCGUCCGAGAGACCUCACCUCUUCCCAUUUUCGGAUUAUUUAGACUCGAUGUCUUUUCAAACCUUCUCGUGAAUGUGACGAAUGGCCAAAUGAAUGUAUCAUUUCUGUGGUUGGUGUCUGGACCGUUGCAUGACGCCCCGUGCUUUGAUGUACCCCGGGUACACUGAGGUCUAUCAGUUGUCGCGUGUCAGCGACACCUCCCGAUUUUCUGUACAAUCAUCGGAGCUCUGGGAUUGCCCGCUGCUGGAACCCAGGGCAGGAUUUACGGGUCCUUAUAAUGUCUGUAAUAAAUAUAUUCCG